AUGAGCAAUUGGGGUAGUCGAGCCGGCAAUGGAAGUAAUUCAAAAUUAUCAAAUUUACCAUUUGGUUUAGGUUACCAUGAUGUUGAUAAAGAAGCAUCAAAAGAAGUUCCAACGAUACAGUUACCAGUGAACAAUCCUGUUAAUGAAAGAGAAAGAUCGUUAUCGAUCAGAUAUAUAAAAUUUCAAGAAUCUGUAAGGGAAGGUCCAUUUUUCACUGGUUCUCUAAAUGUGCUGCUUGCUGAUGAAAUCAACCAAAAUGGUGAUAAGGAAAAUGCAGGUAAUAAAUCAAAGAAAAGAACAGAUAUUAUUUAUGAAGGUUCCUUAAACGAUGGUAUUGAAAGAUAUUCUGAUAAAUAUUUGAAAAAAGGAAAAUUAGGUGUUUCGAUCGAUGAAUUUCCAUUCCAUCUAGAGCACUUUCCAGAAGAAUUAUAUAAAGCAAUGGGCAUUAAUAAAAAGAAGAUACUGAACUUAUCGAAGUUAAAUGACAAGGAUGAUUUAUUUACCGGGAAUGGAGAUGAUGAUAGUAAAGGUAUUUCAAUUUUGGAAGAAUUAAAAGAUUUAGCCGAUGAUCUUGAUGAAACAGAAGAAGGAGCAAAUGAUGGAGAUAAAGCUAUUGAAUCCGAAGAUGAAGAUUUUGACGACGAUAGUGACAAUGAUGACUAUAAUGCGGAGAAAUAUUUUGAUGAUGGCGAUGAUGACUUCGGAGGUGAUGAAGAGUUUGGCGAUGAGCCUGCAUUUUAA